CUCCUCCCGCGCUGCCACCCGCCCGCAGCCCCGGUCAUGGUGCUGGGCCGCGGGCUUCUCGGCCGUUGGAGCCUCGCUGCGCUGGGAGUCGCCUGCGCCCGUCGCGGCCUGGGAUUGCCUCGCUGACGUCGGCGGGCAAGCCGAUUGGGGUCGAGAAAAGGCUACACAGCAGUUGAGUCAGACUUUGAGAGGGCUGAAGACAGAGUGGGGUAACUUGUCAGCUGGGGGUGCUGAAGGAUUUGUGCUAGGUCCAGCCCUGGUGGGAAUCUUUCUCCAUCACACGGAUUUAAGGAAGAGCUUGACCGUGGAUCAGGGCACCAUGAAGGUUGAGUUACUGCCUGCUCUGACCGACAAUUACAUGUACCUGAUCAUCGAUGAUGACACCAAGGAGGCUGCUAUUGUGGACCCAGUGCAGCCCCAGAAGGUUGUGGAAACGGUGAAGAAGCAUGGUGUGAAGCUGACUACAGUGCUCACCACCCACCACCACUGGGACCACGCUGGCGGGAACGAGAAGCUGGUCAAGUUGGAGCCUGGAUUGAAGGUGUACGGGGGCGAUGACCGGAUCGGGGCCCUGACUCACAAGGUCACGCACCUGUCCACACUGCAGGUGGGGUCUCUUAACGUCAAGUGCCUGUCAACGCCAUGUCACACUUCCGGACACAUCUGCUACUUUGUGAGCAAGCCCAACAGUCCCGAGCCCCCCGCGGUGUUCACAGGUGACACCUUGUUUGUGGCCGGCUGUGGGAAGUUCUAUGAAGGGACAGCUGAUGAGAUGUACAAAGCCCUGCUUGAGGUCCUGGGCCGGCUCCCUCCAGACACGAGAGUGUACUGUGGCCAUGAGUACACCAUCAACAACCUCAAGUUUGCUCGCCAUGUGGAGCCCAGCAAUACUGCCAUCCAGGAGAAACUGGCCUGGGCCAAGGAGAAGUACAGCAUCGGGGAGCCCACGGUGCCAUCCACCAUUGCUGAGGAAUUCACCUACAACCCAUUCAUGAGAGUGAGGGAGAAGACCGUGCAGCAGCAUGCAGGUGAGACGGACCCUGUGACCACCAUGAGGGCCAUCCGCAAAGAGAAGGACCAGUUCAAGGUGCCGCGGGACUGAGGCGGCCACAGGGCCUGGGUGCCCACGGCUGCCACCACCGCUGCCUUCAAGCACAUUUGGGUAUUCAGAUGUGUUAGGUGAAUUUCUGGCUAGGAGUGCAGGAAAUUCAGUCUCAGUUUAAUUUUAAAUUAAUUUCAGAGCGCUUUGCUUAUGUUAUCAAAUGUUCUAAUGCAUAUUUAUAAGAGAAGAAGUUUAGAAAGUGUUUAUUCCCGGAAGCUCUGCUUGCAAACUGUGUGCUAUCUCCGGCCUUUCCACGGGCCCCCAUAGUUGCCGUGUGAGCCCCCACAUGAUGCCCCAAUAAGAGCUGCCCCCCCUGCCCCCGGCAAGGCCAGCAUGCCCUGCCUGUCAUUCCUCAAAGUCUGUGCUUACCAGAACAAGGCCCCUGGGAGGGGCAUCGCCCCCUCCUGCUACCUCAGCUACCUCUAAUGGAGUCAUGACAUUGUCGUGUCCUCAUGUCCAUGUUGAUGUGUAGUGGAAUUCCAGGCCCAGGGCAGGCCCGGAGCACCUACCUGAGCUGGGGUGAUGCUGAAGAGCUGCCUCCAGCACAGGGCUGGGCCUGGGGGCUUUGGUGGGGAGAGUGCAGUCUGGGAGCCUGGGGCAUGUGGUGCCUGAGGAGCUCUGAGCUCUGCACACCUGUCCCUGCGAAGGCUGUCCUGUCCUGUGGGGCACUGUGCCUCAUGUGGGCAGAGAAGCUGACAGGAGGGAUGCGGGGACAUCUGUGGGUGGGGGUGCGCUUGGGCGCCCACAUGGCAUCAGCACCACUGCUGGCACUGUGCUGCCCCUGCUGGGGCACUGGUCCUCUCCGGAGUCCUUCCUCCUGGCAGCAGUGUGCAGGGAGGAGCUUACUCUUGAGAUUGCGACGUGGUGUUCCUGCUCUGUAGCUGUUUCUUCUGCUCCUGGUUGGCCGUCCCUGGGAAGUGGCUCCUCUCCUGCAGUGUCAGGCUGGUCCUGGUUACACCGAGUCACAUCUCAGGCAGAGCCAUGGGGAGGGGUGGGCCCAGUAGGUCACAACAGCACCCAGGGCCCUGAGGUGCAAGGAGGAAGGGAUGAGACUGAGGAACAGGAAGGGCUGCGGGGAACCCUCCCAACCAACUCAUUUCUGGAUCUAGAGGUUCUCCGUGUGGCCUUGGUAUGUGACGGGAGCAGUGUGAGGACCCAGGGUCAGCGAGGCUGUGCUUGCUGAGCCAGGCGUUUGAGUCUCUGGGUCUCACCUGUCAUGGUGAUACCCACUGAACACUCUCCUGUCCAGCUGAGGUCCGCUGCCACUCCUAUUGAUGUCGCCCCCAUAUGCCUCAUCCAGAUGGGUCACGACCCAGCAGUUGUCCAUUUUCUGUCCCCAUGGAUUCCUCAGGUCCCUGUCCCGGCCAACCAUGGGCCCGCAUCACUCUGCAGCUGCCUGUGUGGGCCUCUCCAAAGAUGAUGCCCCGCUCAGUGGAGCCAAAGCUCCCUGUGGGCAGCAGGGUGUCAUGGAGAGGAGUGUGCACGGGUCCUCCUGGUGCUCCCUUCCUGGCUUGGUACCAGCAACUGGACAUGCAGGUGCAGGUGUCUCAGGACGUGCUGAGGCCUUGGUCUGCGAUGCCUGAGGGUCACUGUGGGCCUGUGGGCACUGUGCCCGUCCCCCCAGGUAGCUCCUGUUGUUGGCAACCCCUCCCUAGGGACGCUGAGCUCCUCGCUAGUGUCCACCAGCACGGCGGCUAUGCUAGGGGUGAGCACUUCUCCUUGGAACCAGCUGCCAAGGGCCCCUUUCCCACCAGCAUGCACCCCAGUUUGGCAUCCCACAUGUAAAGAAAUG